GUGGUCGAGGUGCCAUCUCGCACCACCCAGACAACUGGUUCCGUCACAAGUCCUGAGGUUGAGAGCCUGGUAUCACAAGCGAAGAAGAAGGGCGACCGGAAGCGCGUGUCGGCUAAAGACCCAGCGAGUCUUGUUUCAACGACAAAGACCACGGCGCCUAAACGAAAAAAACCACGCAAGGCGACGCCGAGCACCGCCACCCCAACCUCGGGCCUGUCCGGCACAACCUCGCCGACCCACCACCACAACCACAACCCCUCUGGACCUCGACCUACACCAAGACGCCAGCUUGCCCGAUGAUCUGUCUCCGGCCGGGCCCCGUCUGUCUCCGGCCGGGCCCCGUCUACCGCCGACCGGGCCCCGUCUACCGCCGACCGGCCUGCCGCCGGCCUUCGGAUCUGUCCCUACACUUCUCGCAACCACCGCCCAACCCCCAAAGGACUUGCCCGGAAUGUACACCACCAGAGUCUAUACCAGACCGCCACCCAUCACGACCACUACUACACCCACCACGACCAUGCCCACCACUACUACCAGGCCCGCCACUACUACCAGGUCCACCACUACUACCAGGCCCACCACUACUACCAGGCCUACCACUACGACUACAACAAGGCCCACGACUACGACCACCACCAAGACCACCACCGCGACUACUACUACCGCCGCUGUGCUGCAACCAACAACACCCUCUUCUACGACC